AUGUACCACGAUUACAAUUUGACCGAGCUGGGCAUUCCCCGCAAUGCGUGUCCUGAUCCGAGCCGUCGUCAUUUGGGACGACACAGCUACACGGUGAUCAAGGGGGCGGCCAAGUUGGAGGUCUUGUUGAAGAAUCGUGCGUGCUAUGUGCGAGGUCCCAACAAGGGCCAGGUAUCUUGGGGUAAGCAUGGUGGGCCCCGAUCGGCCUGGAUUGCAGCAUGCACCAAAGCUGGCGUGCUACCAUGA